AUGGGGUCUCGAGUGCAGUGUCCGUCGCAUCCGGACGUCCACCUCAUAGAGGACUACAGAGCGGGAGACCUGAUCUGUCCCGAGUGUGGUCUUGUGGUCGGCGACCGAGUGGUAGACGUGGGCUCUGAGUGGCGGACGUUCAGCAACGAGAAGUCAAACGCGGAUCCGUCUCGUGUGGGCGCCGCUGAGAACCCGCUGCUGUCGUCGGACUUGUCGACAAUGAUUGGCCGAAGUAAUAGCGAUGUGGCGUUCGACGAGUCGGGAACCGCUAAAUACCAGAACCGCAAACACAUGUCGUCGUCGGACAGAGCGCUGGCGAACGCCUUCCGCGAGAUCUCGAAUAUGUCGGACCGAAUCAAUUUGCCGAAGACUAUCGUCGACAGAGCGAACCUACUGUUCAAACAGGUCCACGACGGACGCACUCUGAAGGGCCGCUCCAACGACGCCAUCGCUUCCGCCUGUCUGUACAUCGCGUGCCGACAGGAAGGCGUUCCGCGAACUUUCAAAGAGAUUUGUGCCGUUUCUAAGGUCUCCAAGAAAGAGAUCGGACGCUGUUUUAAACUGAUCCUAAAAGCACUCGAGACGAGCGUCGAUCUCAUCACUACCGGUGACUUCAUGUCCCGCUUCUGCACUAAUUUAGGCCUUACAACGGCUGUACAGCGCGGCGCCACUCAUAUCGCGCGCAAAGCGGUCGAACUGGACGUCGUUCCCGGCCGUAGCCCUAUCUCAGUGGCCGCCGCAGCCAUAUAUAUGGCGAGUCAGGCGUCGAGCGACAAGAAGUCCCAGAAAGAGAUCGGAGACAUCGCUGGUGUGGCCGACGUUACUAUCAAACAGUCAUAUAAACUAAUGUAUCAAAAGAGACUCGACCUCUUCCCCCCUGACUUCCCGUUCGUAGUACUCGCCAAGGAUUUGCCUCCGCAGUGA